UUCCGCUGCUCUAGCUCUGGCUCUCCCUUGAACAGCUCCCGGAGAGAACAAGGCGUGCGGAGCUCCGAUCACCAGCAUCAUGCUCCUUGGGCUUGGAUCGUAGAUCCCCCUCUUUGAACAUUAAAAUAACUCCUUCGUCUUUCAGCGUCCCAAGCAGACCCAGAGAGAGAACACGCACGUGAGAGAGGAAAGAAAGAGGAGGAAGACGAAAAUCUGCAACCAAGGGGACUAAAGCAGAGAAAAAGAGUGCUUUGCUUGCACAGCUGCAAAGUGGGAAUUUAAAGAGCUGCAGAGAGAUAAAUUCCAGCUCAUCAGCACAUACACAUUGCAGAAUUACAGAUCCAGGUAGAAAUGACAUCAACAGGGAAAGAAGGCAGCGGAGCUCAACAUGCACAAUAUGUUGGACCCUAUCGUUUGGAGAAAACCCUAGGAAAAGGACAAACAGGGCUUGUGAAGUUGGGGGUUCACUGUGUCACAUGUCAGAAGGUCGCGAUAAAAAUUGUCAACAGAGAGAAGCUCAGUGAGUCGGUGCUAAUGAAGGUGGAGCGGGAAAUAGCCAUCCUGAAGUUGAUAGAACAUCCCCACGUUUUAAAGCUGCAUGAUGUUUACGAAAAUAAAAAAUAUUUGUAUUUGGUGCUAGAACAUGUGUCAGGUGGGGAGCUCUUCGACUAUCUCGUAAAAAAGGGAAGAUUGACACCAAAAGAAGCCAGGAAGUUCUUCCGACAAAUCAUCUCUGCUUUAGACUUCUGCCAUAGUCAUUCAAUAUGCCACAGGGACUUAAAACCAGAAAACCUACUGCUGGAUGAAAAGAACAAUAUUCGGAUAGCAGACUUCGGGAUGGCAUCACUGCAGGUUGGGGACAGCUUGUUAGAAACCAGUUGUGGAUCACCACAUUAUGCUUGUCCUGAAGUCAUCCGGGGAGAAAAAUAUGAUGGAAGGAAAGCAGACGUCUGGAGCUGCGGAGUCAUUUUAUUUGCGUUGCUAGUGGGUGCCCUGCCUUUCGAUGAUGACAACUUGCGGCAACUGCUGGAGAAGGUGAAACGUGGAGUGUUCCACAUGCCACAUUUUAUCCCGCCUGACUGUCAGAACCUUUUGCGGGGGAUGAUUGAAGUGGAUGCCUCGAAACGUCUCACGUUAGAACAUAUUCAGAAACACAUAUGGUAUAUAGGGGGUAAGAAUGAGCCAGAACCAGAGCAACCAAUCCCUCGAAAGGUGCAGAUUCGUUCUCUCCCUUCCUUGGAGGAUAUUGAUCCAGACGUGUUAGAUAGCAUGCACUCGUUAGGCUGCUUCCGCGACCGAAAUAAACUCUUACAGGACUUGUUGUCGGAAGAGGAAAACCAAGAAAAAAUGAUUUAUUUUCUUCUGCUUGACCGGAAGGAGAGGUAUCCUAGUCAUGAAGAUGAGGAUCUUCCCCCUAGAAAUGAAAUAGAUCCCCCCAGGAAGCGUGUGGACUCCCCAAUGCUGAACAGGCAUGGGAAGCGGCGGCCGGAAAGGAAGUCGAUGGAGGUUCUCAGCGUGACAGACGGCGGCUCCCCGGUCCCUGCUCGCAGAGCUAUUGAAAUGGCACAACAUGGACAGAGUAAAACAAUGUUCAGUAAAAGCCUGGAUAUCUCUGAAGCCAAUCCCAAAUUCAACAAAGAAGAAAGGAUGGCGAGUGCUGAUCCAUUGGGGUCUCGGUCAAUCAGCGGAGCAUCAUCUGGGCUCUCCACCAGUCCUCUCAGCAGUCCAAGGGUCACCCCUCACCCCUCUCCAAGGGGAAGUCCCCUCCCUACCCCCAAGGGGACACCUGUUCAUACGCCAAAGGAGAGCCCAGCAGGCACACCCAACCCAACACCACCAUCCAGCCCCAGCAUUGGAGGAAUGCCAUGGAGGACACGGCUCAACUCCAUCAAGAAUAGUUUCCUGGGGUCUCCUCGCUUCCAUCGUCGGAAAUUACAAGUACCUACACCAGAGGAGAUGUCUAAUUUAACCCCAGAAUCAUCCCCAGAGCUUGCCAAAAAAUCCUGGUUCGGUAACUUCAUCAACUUGGAGAAAGAAGAACAGAUUUUUGUGGUCAUUAAGGACAAACCACUAAGCUCCAUCAAGGCUGAUAUAGUCCACGCUUUCCUCUCGAUUCCAAGUCUCAGUCACAGUGUCAUCUCACAGACAAGUUUCCGUGCAGAAUAUAAGUCCACGGGAGGUCCUGCUGUCUUCCAGAAGCCAGUGAAGUUCCAGGUGGACAUAACGUACACAGAAGGGGGAGAGGCGCAAAAGGAGAACGGGAUCUAUUCUGUCACUUUCACACUCUUAUCAGGUCCAAGCCGUCGCUUUAAGAGGGUAGUAGAAACCAUUCAGGCACAGUUGUUAAGCACACAUGACCAGCCUUCAGUGCAGCAGUUAUCAGACGAGAAGAACGGGCAGGUGAGCCAUCCCCCCGGCACGCCAACCAAGCAUAGCGCAAACAGCAAGCGGAGCGAUUCCGGUUCUAAUGACUAUGGGUCUAGAGGAGACAAUAAGUACCCUGCUGGCAAAGACAAGGCAAAGAUGGUCUCAUCAGUCGGCCUACAAGACCAACCUUAAAUAAACACAUAAAAAAUUAAAUAACUUAGGAAAAAAAAAAAAACAAAAAAACAAAAAACAAAACAAAACAAAAAGAAAAAAGCAAGAAAGAAUGAAAGAAUAUUCCUUAGCGAGCUAGCCUCUAAACUAGAAGGAUGUAUAUACCUUGCCACAACAGUACAAAACUGUCUAUAGACAAAUUUUGUAUGAAGGAAUGACUGUAUAUAUAUACAUAUAUAUAUUUAUAUAUGAUAUAUAAUAUAUAUCUCAGAAACAAACACAAAAACAAACGAAUGAAAGAAUGAAAAGAAAAGAAAGAAAAGAAAAGGUAGCACAGAUGACAAACCCAGUUCACCAGAUCUUGGGUUGUGGUUUUUUUCGAUUGUUUUUUUUUCUCCCUUUUUUUGAAUGUUUUGCUUUUUUUCUCCUUCCUGAUUUUUUGGGUUUUUUAUUAUUUUUUUUCGUUUUCUUUUGUUUUGUUUCUUGUUCUGUUCAUGCUCUCUCUGUGUUUCUGACGACACCACUUGUUUCCGCUCUGCUACCAGGAAUUAUCCCGAAAAGUUAACAUGUCAGCCACGGCUUCACCUUCUGUGCUCUGCGGACACUUGUUGACGGAAGGCAACCGAUGUAGACUGUCCAAGGACCAGUCCUGUUUGAGGUUCCCAGCCUCCCCUCUCCCUUCAGGAAGUGGGCUUCUCCCCCACUUCUCCCCAAACACCUCCCCAGUGCACGCCUGGUUUUUUUUUCCCCCUCUCUUUUUCUUUUUUGGUGCUCCACGAGAGAGACCUGCUCAGUUGUGGGAUUGCAGAGUCUGGGCUCAAAGGAGGUUGCAAAUUGCUGGAGUGAAAUCUUUACCCUUGGCAACUUCUGUCCGUGCAGGUGAACGCAGCCCGGAGAGGGAGGGUGUGGGGAAGGAGACGGGUGUAGCGGGAGCGCAGUGUUCCAUGAAUCCAGAGCGCGUUCUCAUCAGAAACCAGCCAGGAGCAACUCAAAACUAAGCGUUGAACCAAGACAAUAUUGGGGAGCUUCAUCAUGGGAUUUUCUUACCUUUUUUUUUUCUCCCCACCACCUUUUCCUUUUCUUUUGCCCCCUUUUUUUAUAUAUACAUGUAUAUAUGUGUGUAUAUUUAUAUAUACAUACAUACGUACAUAUAUAUAUACGAAAUAAUUGGUUUUUUUAUACUGUAUCAUUUUGUUUUUUAACCUGCUGGAAGGGGAAAGGAGUAAACUUAGGAGGGAGAGGGGGUUCAAUGAAUAAACAAAUACAAACAAAACAUUAAAACUUAGGGAAAAGGCAACUUCUGGUAGCAAAGAAGAGGGACAAGACUCUGCCAAGGACUGUCUCUCCCGUCACCAGGCACAGUUGCCGCUGCUGCUACUGCUGCUCCUCCUUCGACACCUUCCUCCCCACCUGUCAACUCCCUGCCACUGUGCCACCUUGCUGGGACCUUCUUCGACCAGCUGGAUCCUCCACCACACCCUGCAUUUAGAGGCAAUUGUUGUGUUGCUAGUGCUGCAUUGAUAUCAGUAUUAUUAUUUCUUUAAGUUACCAGUUUCAUUUGUUGGCUUGGGUGAUUUUUUUCUUAAAAAAAAAAGGAAAAAAGAAAAAAAAAAAAGAAAAAAAAAAAGAAGAUGAAGAGGAGGAAGAAAAGAGACUUAUAUUGGGUUUUCUUUCCUGUGUGUGUGUGUGUGCAAAAUCACUGGCACUUAGUUCAUCAGAGCAAGACAAGGUGGAGUCAGGGCAAUGGGAGACUUAAUCACGAAGCUACUGUAAACUUUAAAAUUUACUGCAAGAUAUUUUUAUAAAGUUUUUGUUUUGGUUUUAGUUUUUUUGGAAGGGGAGGAGGGUGGGAUUGGGUGGAUGGGGACCUUUUUUUUUGUGUUUCAGUUAUUAGGUCUUGGUUAUUUAUAUAUACAUAUAUAUAUAUUUAAAAAAAUAAGCUGUUAGAUAUAUCUUCUGUUUAAUAACUGUGUAGAGGCAACAUUGAUUCUUAUUUAUUUUGGGGAGGAGGCGGAAAAAAGACACAGAAACCCUGUAAGUGUUCAUUUUGUGACUUUGAGAAAGAAGAAUUGCUGCCUUUUUUCCUCCUCCUCAAGAUUUAUGUGACCAAGUGUAACUUAUUCUGGCCCAAGCUCAAAGGUUAAACAAACAAAAAAACGUGGUUUUACGCGUGGAAGACAAAACACAGUGAGAAGUACUUCUUGACUGAGAUUUUAAGAAUGUAGGCUUAGCAUUAGUGUUCAGCUCUUUUAUGACCUUCGAUUGCUGCUCGUUGGGUUCCUAUGGGUGUAUGUUGUAUCGCAAGAUUAUUUUUUUUAAUGAUAAUGUUGGAUGAGUUCUUUUUUGUUGUUGUUGUCGUUGUUGGUUUUUUUAAUCAUUUUUCCCCUUCUUGGACCAGUUUUACUUGUACAUAGGUUUGAAGAUUAAAAAGAAUUUUUAAAGACACAACUGGGGCAAAGACCUUUGACUUCUGCCCCGUUUCCCCAUUCCCCCAAAUGGGAGGGAUUUAUUUUAAUUUUUUUGCUUUAUUUAUUUAUUUAUUUUCCCUAUUCUUAAACUUUUCUCUCUCGUAUUGCUGUGUGCAUGUCAGACACCAGGGGAUGAUGGCUGGGGAGGGGGGGAGGCAAGGGUGCAGGAGAGGGGGGCAGUUUUAAUUGCAUGACAUUGCUGUAAAUUAGUCUCUUUUGCUUUCGUUGUCUUUCCUGCCUCUGCCCUCUCUCUACUUCUCCUCCGAGCUCCCCUCCCAUCACCCUCGUCCUUCUUUUCCCUCUUUUCUCUUCCCUUGUGUAUAGAUUUUGAUGCUUCUGUUACAUUGUACCUCUACAAAAGGCUGGGAUUUCAAUACAAGAUAAUAAUAAUAAUUUAAAAAUACCUAUAUCAUCAAAACUCAUGUGGUACAAGCAGGAAGGGGAUUACUUACACAAGAUAUAAGAAUAAAUGAAAGCAAUACCUCUUGUUAUCCUUCCUAUUUUGUACUUUGAAGACACACACGCGCGCACACACACAUAUACAGACACAAACUGACAUUAUUUAAUGGUUUAAAAUGGACAAAAAAAUCUGAUGUAUCCCUUGUUAAAUAACUGUGAGCAACUUUAGUUCAAAAACCAAUAAAUUCAUUCAGUAAAGAUA